AUGGAACAGGCGAGGGAGAGGACGGAGGAUCCGAAUCCUCUCUACCAAACUCUGAGGACCCGUGGCAAGUGGUGUGUUUGCGCUUUUCUGGAGUUGUCGCAGUUGAAACAAGGGCAGGGAUUCGCAGUGGAGGUUGAGUUCGACGGGGAAUGGUGGGAUGCCAACAUCAAGGCGCGCGAGGGAGACUCGAUCGGAGGCGCAAGGCUGAGGAGGCCUCCUCCCCUGGAAGUGGUCUGGGCUCGGGUGAAAGAUAGCGCUGCAUGGCCAGGCAUCCUGAUCCAAGGAUCGCUCAAGAACCCUUACAGCAAGAAGGCAAGCGAAGCCAUGGAGGCUCCUGCGAAGCUGAUACAUACAGUGAGCCGAGAUCGCCUCUCCGCCUUCACAAGCGCGAGCAUUCCCAAGCGCAUCAGGCAGCUGGCAGAGGCCAUCGAGUAUGCCAAGGCUGCGAUGGCGACGGGGACGAUCCCCGAAGCGAUGCGGAUGGCGAAGGAAAGCACGAGCAUGAGCAAGGGAGGGAAGAGAAGGGCGCCCAGCCUUGAUACUCCUCUUCGUGUCCCCCCAAAGAAGAACCCCCUCCACUCCAAGGAACGCAAACGAGCUGCAAUGCGGAAGUUGGGUCUUCUACCUCCCGAGGUUCCGCGUGCUGCAUGA